CUCUUGCAUGAUUAUCUGGAUAAGUCGCGUAAAUGGAUUUGCGUCGAUGCAUCACUCCCGUAUUAUAUGAAAAGACUCACGUUGGCAUCUCCGACAGUGACUUAUAGCGCUGGUUGUAGACAGUGGAUAAAUCGUCGUUAAUGUACCACUUAUCCUCCUAAAAAUCCUCCAGCAAUUUCGGGUUUCAGGCGACUUGGACCUCUUUGCUGCAUAUGUAUAUUAAGUAUUUUUCUAUUGCAUUAUCCGACUUGAUUUGACACGAAACAAUGGGAAUACCGGAACUACAUCGCUAUAUUCAGUUUCAUCUACUGAGCAUACACGAUUUUUGACUUGUGCUUCUUUUAAAUCCUGACUUAGAUAUCGUGCCACCAUGACCUUACAUAUCAUGCUGAAAGCAUGCCAUCGAGCUGUAUUCGUAUUCUCUUUUUUAACGCCAUUAAUUGCCGCGGUGCAUCCGUCAUCGUCGGAUGUGCCGUUAUCACUGCUUAUCGCUUUAUCUCCCGAGCCCCAAAAAUCCAAUGAUUUGUCGCUAAUCAAUGAAAAUUCACAGCGACGGUAUGGCGGACGGCUCAUUUCUAGCGACACGAUAAUACCUUAUUCCGCGAUCCAGGAGGAUGAAUCGGGCGAAGACAAGGAAGGAGUCAGCCAAGGUGCAUCGGCGACUUAUCCGCACAUGGAAACAAUAAACCGAGAAAGCAGUCCGGUGCUGCAGGUGUACAGCGGACAGCUACCGGCUUUGGGCGACACUGGACAAAGGUUACGCGAGUUGUCGAUGCCGGUUGGUAAACGAGCUAUGGAAAUAAGCCUAGAGUUAAGCCCGAUUGCCGAAAAUGCGGGAACUCCAGAUGCUCCAGAAGGUAGCGAAGGCAUAGUGCACACGUUUGCGCUGUCUCGGUGGUCAGCAACUCUGCCCAAAGGUCACGCUAGCAAGCGCAACCCGGAGCCAGUUAUGAAUGAAGACGGCAAUACAGAAUCAGGAUUGACGCUAUCCAUAACCAGCCCACUAGAGGUUCUGCGAGAGAAGAUUCGGAUUGACAAUCAGAAGUUUAAACUAAAACAGCUGAGUCGCAAAAAUAAAUCCAACGCGAGAUUUUUGAAAGAUCUUGGGAGAUGAUUGUAAAUAAUACAACUUUUUUUUGCAGCAACCAUCUCAUCAGAUGCAAUCAUUUUUUCGACGAGCAAUUUUCAUGUAUAUGUCGAAUAUUGAGUCUAUAACUUCUCUGGGUGAUGUUUUUGAAAAAUAUUGAUGAUGCUUACAUCUCUGUUUUGGCGUGUUUAGUUUUCUUGUUUCAAUCGGCAGUUUAGCGCUUUU